ACGUGCCCGGGGGGGGCUUCAGCACAGUCACAUCCCAUUUCUGUUGCUCGCAGAGACACGGGCCACUCGCGGUGGACUUAGACAUUGUGUCAUAAAUCGCACAGCCACCUCAAGUGUGGGGUGCCGAUGUCUACUGUUGUGCUGACUAUGCGAAUGUUGCCACAUUUUCAAUACGCUCCGCGCAUGCUGUUGGCUGUUCGUGCUUCAUGCCACGACAUUGGUUGACUCCGGCCGAAAGUGGGUCGUACAGCCGUUAAUUCGCCAUUUGACGUCAUUUGUCCGGUGAUGUGAGGGCUGGCUCGAUCGCACCUUUCGCCCCCUGUUUGACAUGUUCGGUGACUUUGUGUGGCUUCUCGGCUGCCACACGAUAUGUUCGACCUGCAUUCAACACGCCGUGCAGAUGCUGCGAUCAUGAUGAGAUGGCAGUGCGACCUCAUUUUACCCAUCGUUCGACUGGAUUUCCGGUGCGACAGGGUGCAAAUGAAGACUGCACGUGCUGUGCACAAAUGGUUGUGGCAAUAGGUGUGCGAGGCAUUGGAGACUGGAACAAUUUUGUUCAAUUUGCAUACGGUUCCUGCUUUGUACGUACUUCGACCAAACUUCGCACUGUGUGUGAAGGGGCCCUAAACAAAGAUCCCCAUAUCACAAAAUUAAAAACAAUUUAAACCCCAAAACACUGAAGUACAACAAGCAACAAUAAUGAAAAGAACAUUAAAAACCAUAAAAUUAAUUAUAGGUAACAGAAAAUAAAUAGGUUUUAAGAAUAGCCUUAAAGUAGCCUUUCGAAUGCCAACGACAGCCUGUUCCACAAGGUACGAGCACAGCAAGAAAAGGCCCUGAAGCCUGCUGAGUUCUUUUUCAUGCUUGGGGCACAAAGCAAGUCUACGUCCAAGGACACUAGGAGGCAGAUAAGUCUGAACAAGUUCAGCAAGAAAUCUGGGUUAAUGACAAUUUAAAGCCUUAUAUAUGUGAGCAACAAAACUGUGAAAUCUGCUCUUUGAGUCGCAUGGAGACAGUGAAAGGAAGCCAGAAUGGCUGUGAUCAAACCUCCUGGUUUUCAUCAAAACUCUAGCAGCAGUAUUCAGGACCAUGUGUAGGCAUCUCAUACUCUGUAUGUAACUCUCAUACUCUGCCACAUACUAUGUGGCAAUGCAGAAAUAAAACCUUUACAAUAGUCAAUUCUGGAAGACAAAGGCUGAAUUAACAUAUGUGAAAUGUAAAACAAACCAUCCUGAUGUCUAUUUCCACUUCAUCAGUUCCAUCAGUGCACUUACUGUUGUCAGGUCAAACUCACCACUCUGAUACUUUAUUUCAGUCAGUGCUGUUUUAACAUUUACUGUUAAUUUGUUUCUUUGCAGGCAUGCAACCGUUGUUGGUGAUUAAAGAAGAAGCUCUCCCUGAACACCAGGAAAGGAAUCUGAGUGUUGACCAGGAGGAUAUUAAAGAAGAGAAACUGUGCAUAAGUCAACAGGGAGAGCAGCUUCAGAAGCUGGAGGAGGCAGAUCUCACCAAGUUUGGUUUCACUGCCGUCCCUGUGAAGACUGAAAAUGAUGAAAAACCAGAGUCAUCACAGCUUCAUCAGAGCCGAAGUGAUGAGAGCACAGAGGCUGAGCCUGUAUCCAGCAGCUCAUCUGUACACAGAACACUGACAGCAGAAGCUGAUGUAGAGGACGAUGGAGGACAACAACCAGACAGCAACUCGGGUCCAAACAGUCAUUUACAACCAGAUAGCAGUGGCAGGAGUUCAGACAGUUCUGGAACUGAGACUGAUGACAGUUAUGACUGGAAACAGACCAAAGAACUUCAGUCACAUUUUAACUGUCAAAAAAAUAUCAAUAGUGUUGGUUCAAGCAAUUGCAACUUUGCUGCGAAACCAUUUCAUUGCUCUAAAUUUGUAAAAGCAGCUGGUUACAUGAGCAUCAUAGAGCAACAUACAGGGAGGCAAGCAAGCGGAAAACCAUUUAGCUAUUCUGAUCAGAGUAAAAGACAAAAACAAAAGGGCACUCUGAAUAAAAACAGGGCAAUUCAUAAAGGACAAAAACAGUUUGCCUGUUCGGAAUGUGGUCGAAGAUUUGGACAAAAGAUCACUCUGGACAGACACAUGAUAAUUCAUACAGGACAAAAACAGUUUGUCUGUUCUGAAUGUGGUCGAAGUUUUGGACGAAAGGGCACUCUGGACAGACACAUGAUAAUUCAUACAGGACAAAAACCAUUUGGCUGUUCUGAAUGUGGUCGUAGAUUUGGACAAAAGAGCCACCUGGAUGGACACAUCAGAAUUCAUACAGGACAUAAACAGUUUUGGUGUUCGGAAUGUGGUCAAAGAUUUAGACUAAUGGGCGGCCUGAUCAGACACAUGAAAAUUCAUACAGAACAUGACUGGACACAAGCCUCAAGUGUCCUUGGUCCCACUGUGAAGGGGUUUGCCGGGAGAGAUCUCGAUAUGAGUGCGUGUGAGGAGCACAAUGGCGCAACUUCUCUCAGUGCUGCAGGGAGACAUCUCUCCUGUGGUAGCACUCAGCUAGAUAAUCCACCAUAUCAGCAUAGAUCUGAUCCUGGACCCGACAACAACAGCAUCAAGGAGCCAAAAGAAACAAAUGAAACAACAAUUUAAAUUGGUCCAUUGAGGAAAAGAAAAAGAUCUUUCACUGCUUUGCUUUAUGCCCCUUCACACUUAACACGUAUGAAGCCGAAUGGCACAUGAGGAAUCGUCUGCCAGUCGUUAAAAUUCGCAGCUGCCUCAAACGCCUCCUACAGCAGUUGCCACAAACAUUCAUGCACUGUACAUGAAGUCCACAUACACGUGCCACUCAUGGUGGAAACCCAUUCAAACGGUGGCAAGAUGAGGUCGCACUGCCAUCUUAUCAUGUUCGCUGCAUUCUCACAGCGUGUCAAACGCAGCUCAGACAUACCGUGCUGCAGCUCGGACAUAUUGUGCUGAGGCUGAGGAGCUGCACGAAAUCAUCGGCCAUGUUGUACCAUGGCUGAAUGGCGUGAUUGAAGCAGCCUUCACACCAGCGCCAGAGAGGCAUGAAAUGAAUAUGACUUUCAUCCAGUCAUCCACAGUCCACGAUUGCUUUUCCUUAGCCCAUUGUAACCUUGU